AUGAUCUUUUAUCCGUUCAGAUUCCGUAAUGCAGAUCCAGCAUACAUGGGCAUGUUUCGUGAAGAGGUUGAAUCAUUUAAAGAUCGACUGCGUAAACGAGGCAAGGACAAACGUGACAUUGCACUGGCUGAAGACGAGGCAGAUGAGAAGGCCAAACGAAUUGCAGCCUCACCAGGAGGGCUUGACCCACAAGAGGUCUUCGAUAGCCUUCCAGAGGUAAUGUUUGAAUAA